CAGGGGAGACAUCUGGAACAAACACAGGCACCCCAGUGUUCCCAAGGUCAAAAUGCAGAGAAAGUCCACUCCUAGCCAGCAUGGUGGUCUGAGUUGCUGGGUCCCCUGGUUUUCUCUUAGCAUUUUCUGCCUCUGCCUCACAUUCUUGUUGGGCCAGGUAGGCUUGCUGCAGGGACACCCCCAAUGCCUGGAUUAUGGGCCCCCCUUCCGGCCACCCCUGCACCUGGAGUUUUGCUCUGACUAUGACUCUUUCGGCUGUUGUGACCAGCACAAGGACCACCGCAUCGCUGCCCGGUAUUGGGACAUCAUGAACUACUUUGACCUGAAGGGCCAUGAGCUGUGUGGAGGUUACAUUAAAGACAUCCUGUGCCAGGAGUGCUCACCCUAUGCAGCCCACCUGUAUGGAGCAGAGAACCCCCAGACGCCCCUUCGCAACCUUCCAGGUCUCUGCUCUGACUACUGCUCUGCCUUCCAGACUAACUGCCACUCUGCUAUCUCCCUGCUAACCAAUGACCGUGGCCUCGGGGGGUCCCAUGAAAAAGAUGGCCCCCGCUUCUGCCAUCUUCUCAACCUUCCUGACCAGGACUACUGCUUCCCCAAUGUCCUGAGGAAUGAUCAUCUCAACCGCAACUUGGGUAUGGUAGCUGAGGACCAUCAGGGCUGCCUGCAGCUCUGCCUGACCGAGGUGGCCAAUGGGUUGAGAAAUCCUGUCUCCAUGGUCCAUGCUGGGGAUGGAACCCAUCGCUUCUUUGUUGCAGAGCAGGUAGGAGUGGUUUGGAUCUACCUGCCUGAUGGGAGUCGCCUGGACCAACCCUUCUUGGACCUCAAGAGCAUUGUGCUGACCACACCAUGGAUUGGGGAUGAGAGAGGAUUCUUGGGGUUGGUUUUUCACCCCAAAUUCCGCCGCAACCGCAAGUUCUAUAUUUAUUAUUCGUGCCUGGGCAAGAAGAAGGUAGAAAAGAUCCGGAUUAGUGAGAUGAAGGUGUCUCGGGCUGAUCCCAACAAAGCUGACCCAAAAUCAGAGAGAGUCAUCUUGGAGAUAAAUGAACCAGCCUCAAAUCACAAUGGCGGACAACUUCUUUUUGGCCUGGAUGGCUAUCUGUAUAUAUUCACUGGGGAUGGAGGGCAAGCUGGAGACCCCUUUGGAAAGUUUGGAAAUGCUCAGAACAAAAGUUCCCUGCUGGGAAAAGUGUUAAGGAUUGAUGUGAAUGGGGCAGGCUCAGCUGGCAAGCGGUACCGCGUCCCCUUGGACAAUCCCUUUGUUUCUGAGUCAGGGGCCCACCCUGCCGUCUAUGCCUAUGGGAUCAGAAACAUGUGGCGUUGCUCCGUGGACCGAGGGGACUCCAUCACACGCCAGGGCCGAGGCCGGAUGUUCUGUGGGGACGUGGGCCAGAACAGGUUUGAAGAAGUUGACCUCAUUGUUAAAGGCGGGAACUAUGGCUGGAGGGCAAAGGAAGGGUUCCAGUGCUUUGACAAAAAACUCUGUCACAACGCUUCUUUGGAUGACGUUCUGCCCAUCUAUGCUUAUGGCCGUGCAGUGGGGAAGUCAGUCACUGGAGGGUACGUUUACCGUGGGUGUGAGUCCCCAAAUCUCAAUGGCCUCUACAUCUUCGGGGACUUCAUGAGUGGUCGACUUAUGGCUUUGCAGGAAGAUAGGAAAACCAAGAAAUGGAAGAAGCAGGACAUCUGUGUGAGCAACACCUCGACCUGUGCCUUUCCAGGGCUGAUCAGCACCUACAGCAAGUUCAUCAUCUCCUUUGCUGAAGAUGAAGCAGGAGAGCUGUAUUUCUUGGCCACUGCCUACCCAAGUGCUUAUGCUCCACAUGGUUCCAUUUACAAAUUCGUUGACCCCUCAAGGCGAGCACCUCCAGGCAAGUGCAAAUACAAGCCGGUGCCAGUGAAAACCAAGAGUAAGAAGAUUCAGUUCAGGCCACUUGCCAAGACAGUCUUGGGCUUGCUGAAGGAGCAGUCAGAGAAAGCUGCCAGAAAACCAUCCAGUGCAACCUUAGCUUCCAGCCCAGUCCGGACUUCAUCUCAGAAAGGCUCCUCCAAGAAGCCAGCUUCUCCCUCAAGCAGCAAGAAAACAUUGCAAGCACCUGGUACCCAGAAGAAAGCCAGAGUGUGGUCCCCAGGUCCACAGGGCAAGAGGAAACAGAAUGUGAAAACCCACAGUGGGGGGAUGAGGCAGUCAGCACAGCAGAGGCUAGCUAACAGAAGUCACCCUUGACUCUUGGUCAAGGUGGUUGACAGUGACCUGAGAGAGGAGAACUGCCCUGUCAAAUGAAAAUCACCUUGAAGGUGGGUCUCAGAAAUCGAGGAAGGCUGGGUAGAGAGGUGAGAGCAGGCAGAGCUUGCCUCAGGGCCCCAGGUGGUUUUCCUCUCCCUGGGACAUUUUGCAAUUUACUGAAUGAACAAACACCUGUGUGCAGUGCUUCCUCCAUGCCGUGGCACCUGACUUAUCACAUGCAGUAGCUUGUAAUCCUGCUUGGAAUCCACUGGAUGCUCCCAUUUUGUCUUGUGAAUGCCCACAUCCU